AUGUCUCUUUGUCUAUGUCUGUCUGUCUCUCGGUUUCGCAAGAAGUAUACAGGAUUUCAUAUAGAACCACAAAAUGUCAGAUUCAAAUAUAUAAAUCCUAAGAAUAAAGUUGGAACUUUUGAGUCUAUUGCCGAAGAACAUGAAAAUAGGUUUAAGGAACUUCUAUCACAAAAGAUCAAUGAACCAAAAGAUACAGAUAUAGAAAAAUUAAGACCAGCAUCUGAUCCUGAUAAUUAUGAAAGAGCAAAUGCUACUAUUAUUUCAUUAGUUAGAAAUUCUGAAAUAGGUGAUAUAGAAAAAACAAUGUCAACUUUUGAAGAGAAAUUCAAUAAGAAAUUCCGUUAUACAUAUACUUUUAUAAAUGAUGAAGAAUUCAGUCAAGAAUUUAAAGAUAAAGUCAAAUCAUUUUCUUUGGCUCCUAUGAAUUUUGUUACCAUUCCAAAUUCUUUAUGGAGAAAACCAGAUAGUAUAGAUGAAGAGACUCAAAAGAAAGCUAUUGAAAAAAUGAAGGCUGAUGGUGUAUCAUAUGCUGAUAUGGAUUCUUAUCAUAAUAUGUGUAGAUUUUAUCUGGGUAAUUUUUACAAUAUCCCGGAAUUACAAAAGUAUAAAUAUUAUUGGAGAAUUGAACCUGGAGUAAAAUUCUAUUCUGAUAUAAAUUAUGAUGUGUUCAAGUAUCUUGAAAAUACUGGUAAAAUAUAUGGAUUUGUUGUCAAUGCUUAUGAUAUUGCUGCAUCUAUUCCUACAUUAUGGACAGAAACCAUGAAAUUUUUGAAUACAGGGAAUAAUUAUAAGUAUGUAAAUGAAAAUGGAGCUUUUCAAUGGUUAUUAAAUGAUUUACAACAUCCGGAUAAUAAUGAAGUUACAAAUGGAUAUUCUACUUGUCAUUUUUGGUCGAACUUUGAGAUUGCAGAUAUGGACUUUUAUAGAUCAGAAGCAUAUUCUAAGUGGUUCAAAUAUCUCGAUUCAACAGGAAAAUUUUACUACGAGAGAUGGGGUGAUGCCCCAGUACAUUCGAUAGGAUUAGGACUCUUUGCUGAUAAAUCUAAAAUUCAUUGGUUUAGAGAUAUUGGUUAUUAUCAUAAUCCAUUUUUUAACUGUCCUAACCAUCCAAAAACUAGUGAAUCAAAUCUCGCGGCGGAAAAAUUUCUGCCACCGAUAUUUUCUUCUGGCCAGAUAAUUUCCCCCAGACUACGUAACGUAAAGCUGAAAAUUUCAUCGAGCUAA